AUGUCCACUCCAGAUCCGAAACCCAAUUCCUCCGUCUCUGUAGCGGUUUCACGUCCGAUAACCACCGCAUCGGAAACUCCGGUGACACAACCUAACACAGUCAAAACGCCGUCGUCUCAACCACCACAAGCUCCGCCGUAUAGAGCUAUCGCUCCGUUUCAUCGUCAUCCUCAUCCGAAUCCCUACGCGCAACCUUUUCCUGUCAGGCGAACGAAUUCCGUUGCCGGUUCGCCUCACCAGCCUCACCAAGACCCGUCAGGUCUCGUUUACCCGUAUGCUUCUUCGGGUCGAGGGUUUCCGACCCGACCCGGUAGACAGAGUUCCAAUUCCGUCGCUGAUAGUCCAGUUGGGUAUCCUCCUCGUCCGGUUUAUGGAUACAAUCAUGGGCAAUUCGGGUCGAAUUUGGAUCCAAUGAUUCAGUUCAUGAGAGCUGCACAUCCUCAGAUUCAACAAUCUACUCAACUCGGGUCUGGUCCCAUGAAAGGAGUUCCUCACUUCUUGCAACCUCGGGUUGCGCAUCCUCCUACUUUGAUUCUAGACAACAAUGGGAAUAAAAAUACCAGAAAGCGGGAUGACGUGCUAGUCCUUGUUAGAAAAAGAAAGGUUAGAAUAACAGAGGGAGCUUCUCUAUAUUCACUUUGUAGAUCGUGGUUGAGAAAUGGUGCUCAUGAGGGAGUUCAGCGGCAGCGAAAUUAUACAAUGACAUCUUUGCCAAAGCCUUUACCUGUGGAGAUAAUAGAGACAAGCUUGCCAAAAGAUUCAGUUGAAGAACCAAAUCACGAAGAAGACAAAGAGGACGAGGAAUCUGUGAAACAGUUGUCGGAUUCUGAUCUUUUGAAAAGACAUGUGGACCGAGCUAAGAAGGUCCGCGCUCAAUUGAGAGAAGAACGGUUGAAGAAGAUCGCGAGGUACAAGUCAAGAUUGGCUCUUCUUCUGCCACCAUUUGGAGAGCAAUGCAGGAACGAGAAAUGA